UGUCUUUAAUUUUCUCACACAACCAGAAAAAAAAAAUAAAAAGAAACACACUUUACUCUCUCUGUCUCUCCCCCCUCUCUCCGUUUCUCUGUAUCGGAACGGAAGAAAGAAAAGUAAAAGAGAGGAAAAAAAACGUUGAGCGAAAAACCCUAACCUUUCUCUGUGUGUGUUCAUUUCCGCAUUUAGGGUUCCGAUUUGGAAUUGAGAGAGAACGAGUGGUUUCUAGGGUUUCGAUGGAGUGAGUGAGACAGCGUUUGUGAGAUCUGCAAAGAAGAGAACCCCCCUUGAAGGACCGUUAACAAUGGCUUCUGCUGAGAGGCAGCUCGAAGAGCAGCUUCGUGAAGCUGGGAACAAGCUUCUAGAUCCUCCUUCAUCCGUCGACGAACUUCUACCUCUUCUCGAUCAAGUUGAGAAUUGCCUAUCAAGGGUUGAACAGUCACCUAGCCAAUCUACACAAAAUGCACUCUCUCCGGCGUUGAAAGCAUUAAUUGCAGAUAAACUUUUCAAGCAUUCGGAUGUUGAUGUUAAAGUCGCAGUUGCCUCUUGCAUCAGUGAGAUAACUAGAAUAACUGCACCUGAUGCUCCUUAUGACGAUGACCAGAUGAAGGAGGUUUUUCAAUUAAUUGUAUCUUCAUUUGAAAGUCUGCAUGAUAUGGCAAGCCGAUCAUAUACAAAGAGGACUUCAAUUCUCGAAACAGUUGCAAAAGUCAGGUCGUGUGUGGUAAUGUUGGAUCUGGAAUGUGAUACCCUGAUUGUAGAGAUGUUUAAGCAUUUCCUGAAGGCUGUAAGGGAGGAACAUCCAGAGAAUGUUUUUUCAUCUAUGGAAACUAUCAUGACCCUUGUUAUAGAGGAAAGUGAAGAUAUUCCCCUGGAAUUACUUUCCCCAAUCUUAGGCAGUGUAAAGAAAGACAAUGAGGAAGUUUUGCCAAUCGCUCGGAAGUUGGGGGAGAGAGUCCUUGAAUGUAGUGCAAGCAAGCUUAAACCUUCUUUGGUGCAAGCAGUGAAUACAUUGGGCAUUUCUUUGGAUAAUUACAGUAAUGUUCUUGCUUCAAUAUGCCAAGAUACACCUGGAAGCAUGGAGCAAAAUGAUGCAUGCGCCACGAGUGAGCAUGUGGAAGGUGAGAGCAAAUCAACGAAAGAGCCAGUCGAGGAGUCAGCACAGGUGGCCGGGGAGGAUGCUAAAGAAGCUGAACCACCCCAGCAAGAUAGUUCUAUCACUGGCAGAUCCCCUAAGUCUGUCAUGAGCAAUGGCAUUGCACAGGCUGGAGAAGAAGAUGCUUUGGUAGAUUCAAAAUCUGCAAAGACGGAAGAUGAUACCAAUUGUUCUAAUCAGACGAAAGGUAUCGAUAUGCCAGGUAAGGAGGAGCCCAAUGAUUUGGACGCUGGUAAACCUGACAAAAGUGAAAAAAAGUUGGUACAAGCUACUAAGAGGAGAGGAAGAAAAACCAACCCAUCAGUAAGAUCGGCUGAGCCUUCUGAGGGUUCACAUCUUGCUGUCGAGAAGGAAGCUGGAAAACAGACCGACUCUAAAAGUGACAGAAAGGAAGUUCCCAGUUCUCCUCAACAAGAUGGGUGUGUUGAGGCUGCAGAACCAUCAGAGAAUGACAAGGAGACUGACACCAAGGUUCCAUCACCCAAAACAACUGAAGGUGAACCUGAUAUCGCUUCUCCUUUGCCAAGUGAAAACAAGGAUGAAAACGAUUCAAAGAAACAUGUACGGUCCAAAAAGAAAGAUAGCUCUGCAAAAGAAGUCACUAUAAAAGAAGUGGCCACAGAUGAUGGUUUGAAAAAGGUGGAUGAAGGAACCAGUGAUUCAGAAGCAAAACCCUCCAGGCGGUCAGGAAAAAAGAUAAUUGAUCGUAGUUCUGAUGGGAAAAAGACUACUGUAGCUGAUUCGGAUAAAAAGGGAAGCGGGAUAAGUGAUGCAGAUGCUAAAAAGCAGUCAGCAAAGAAGUUGGAAGAAAGCAAGAAGGGUAGUGUUGGAUCCUCUUCAAGGCAGUCGGAGGUCAAGAAAAAGCGUGCACCGGGCAAAGUGAACUCAGAUAAGGGCAUAGCAAAAUCUGCCACUAAAGAUGAAGAGAAGGAAUUGGUGUUGUCACCCAAGUCCGCUUCAAAAUCAACUAAAGAUGACCAUCCAGAGGAGACUCCCAAGACAAGUGCAAAGAGGAAGCGCACUCCAGCAAAAGAAAAUGAAUCAAAUAUCAAAGAUGGUGAAGGUCUUGUUGGUACACGGGUAAAAGUGUUUUGGCCAGAUGAUGACAUGUAUUAUGAAGGUGUAGUUGAUUCCUUUGAUCGUUCCAAAAAGAAGCACAAGGUUUUGUAUGAUGAUGGUGAUAUGGAGAUAUUAAAUCUUAAAAAGGAAAGAUGGGAAAUCCUUGAUACUGCUGCUCCAGAUGGGGAUGAAGGGAGCGAGCAUAUUAGUCCUGAUGUUUCUGAUGAUAAUGACAUCCUGCCUGAGCCAACAAAGAAGAAAGGAAAAACAAGUGAUGGGAAAAAGGCCGCUUCUUCUAAAAGUGGAGGAGCCACAUCCAGCAAAUCAAAGGGAUCAUCUGGGAAGUCGAGCCAGAAGUCCAAAGACAGUAGCAAAGUUGAUCGCAAAACCAAGGAGAAUACUCCCAAAACUGGUGGCGGUAAAUCUAUUGAUGCUGCACCGAAAGCAUCUGGCAAGUCAAAGAACACUGACGGUUCGAAGAUAAGCAAGCCGAAAGAUGAUGAUGUUAGUGCAUCGAAACCCUCUACCAAGUCUAAGCAAGAAACUCCGAAGACAGGAAAAUCAAAGCAAGAAACAUCCAAGAGUGCUGCUUCCAAAUCAAAAUCCAGUAAAAGCGGUGGGAAGUCCAAUGGCACAGGCAAGAUGAAAGCUAGUUUAUUGCAGGUAAAAGAUUCAGAGAGUGAGGACUCGGAGGGUUCAACCAAAGAGAUGGAAGAAGUGAAGGUGAAGGCAACUAGUUCAUCAAAGUCUGGAACUGAGGUGAAGACUGGAAAGAAACGCGGAAGAAACUAAAGGUUGAUGCCUACUUUGUAAUUGUUCAUUCCUUGCUGCUCGCUCUUCUUAUGGUCUCUGCAUUUGGGAUUUCUAUGUUCUGGACCUUCUAGUGCGAUCUAGGCCGUUCUUCAUCUCUGUUAAAUAUUGUGGUCAUGCCUUGAUUAUUGGUAGCAUUUUAUUAUGUGGUUAGCCUAGUUUAGUGGUGGUAGGGGCUAGUAUUUAUUGUUUUCUUUCAUCGCCAGAUUUCUAGAUGGAUUUUGUUUGGAGUACAGUAGAAAAACAUUUGGUUAGCCGUAAAUUAAGUGAAUGUUUUGGCGCUCGUGAUUA